AUGAGAACAACAGGCGGAAGAGAAGAAGCACAAAAACGCAAAAAGGGAAAGAGGUAUGACGAAAUCAGAUUUGUGGUGCCUUCUCGCCGGUCGACGGAGAAGAAGAGUGUUUCGAGUGACGGCUCCUUCUUCUUCUCUUUUCCUCUUCUUCUUCGUCCGCGGCCAGCCGGCGGGAAAGAGGCAAACGGGGGGGAAAACAAUCGAAAGAUGCGGUCGAAUCGAGGGCACACACAAACGGGAAGAAGGAACGAGUGCAGAGAGAGGGAAAAUGCGCCAACUGCUGCGACAUGUGGGUCAGCAGAGGUCGCUUGCGCCACGAACAUUUUACGCGGAAGUUUGAGUUUGAGUUUUUCGACGGAGCAGUUUCCAGACAUAAUGACACGAUAUUUAUUUCUGUAAAAUUCUCAUCACAGAAAAAAAAAUAUUCACAAAAAAUUAGAGAUCAGAAGGAGUGGCUACGUAAUUUAUAUUUAGUACUCAAGAAUUUGAUUUUCGCACAUUUUUUCUAGAAAACACUGAAAUAGAUGCGUCGUUCUGAAAGAAAAUGAGAUGAAUGGCUAAUAAACUGAAAAUUGAAAAGAAAAUAUGAAAAGAACAACGUUUCGACAACAAAAGCCGUGUUUUUGGUCAAAUUUGGUAAACAAUAAAUUGUUUUUUCAAAUUCAAUACGGUUGGCGCCGACGGGUCUCGCCACAAAGGCUUCGAAAAUAGAACUUCAGUGCUGCACCAUUAAUGAUACCGCAAUUAUUGACUAGUGCACUGAUUUCAAUUAGAAUUUUUAAGCGGUGACCAGUAGAGUGCAAUUGCGAGACGUUUGAUUCAGCAAUAGCACAAACAAUAUAGUAAAUUAUAAAUAUUCAGGUGCUUUACAUGUAAAUUUACAGUAAAAACUAUGGAAACCCUCUUCUAAACGAUUUUUUCGCUAACCCAGUCCCUAUCUGGAACUGUGUCAAUUGCUCAGUCUUUCCCUCUCUCCGUUAAAAUUCGAAUCGCUUGUUAACACUUCCUAAGUUGUAAAUAAAUAAAUUCAAAUUCAAAUUCAAUCAGCUGAUGAAUGAAUUCUAUGAGCACUUCGGGGAGCGUAUGUGCAGAAAAAGGGUGCGCGAGCAGAAAUUGAUCACAUUCAGGAGUCAUCGUCGCUGUCAGAAGUGAAAGCAGUUUCCUCUUCAGAAUCUUCCAAAUCCGGAUUUUCAUCGUCGUCAGUGUGUGUUCUCGAAAAUUUUUUUACGAAAAAUUUCUAUUUUUCCAUGCACUUUUUAAAUGUGAAUGUUUGUCAUAAGUAAUAACGCUGGGAAGUGUCACGGGUGGUCUAAUUAUAAAUUUCGAAACGGAAAAAUGUACGAUUUUUGCAGGCAUCCUCAGAGAAAACUGCCGGAGAAGAAGGUGUCGUUUACGACGAGAGCAGUCAUUGCCAUGAAGGAGGACGUAACAACGGAAUCCAUUGAGGGAUCGAAAGUGUUUGCGAAGCCACAUUUUGACACGGCGAAGCUCGCUCUGCGGAUUUUGAAUGUCCGGACGUCGACAAGUGAUCCGCAAGGCGAAACAAUAUGGAGUCCAGAGGACCGAUUGGGAUUAA